GCUUCUUGAACCGGACACUAAUCAUCACCACAAUCCACAAGUGUUAAAAGGCAAAUAAAUCAAGGCUUUAUUCAGUCAUGUGUUAAAGAUGGAGAAGCAAACUUCUUCUUCAUCUACUGAAGCGGCUGCUAGAGUUUCAUCCAUCUUCAUCUAUCCCAUAAAAUCAUGCCGUGGAAUCUCUGUUUCUCAGGCACCCCUCAGUGCUACUGGAUUUCGAUGGGAUCGACAAUGGGUUGUUGUUAAUUCCAAAGCGAGGGCAAUCACUCAGAGGGUUGACGCGAAACUUGCUCUGGUUCAAAUAGAGUUGCCAAAUGAGGCAUUUUUGGAGGGUUGGGUACCUACUAAGAACUCCUACAUGGUCAUAAGAGCUCCCGGAAUGAAUAUGCUUAGGGUUUCACUAAGUAAACCACAGCAAGUAACUGAUGGUGUCACUGUGUGGGAGUGGUCUGGUUCUGCAUUGGAUGAAGGUCAAGAAGCAUCAGAAUGGUUUACAAAUUAUCUUGGAAAACCUGCUCGGCUAGUUCGUUUUAAUGCAGAAUCAGAAACUAGGCUGGUGGAUCCUCAGUAUGCAAGUGGACACAGAGUAAUGUUUUCUGAUGGGUAUCCCUUCAUGGUAAUAUCUCAGGGGUCAAUGGAUGCACUAAAUGGGAUUCUGAAGGAGCCUGUACCAGUCAACCGUUUCAGACCCAACAUCCUGGUGGAUGGUUGUGAGCCAUUUUCUGAAGACUUAUGGGGAGAGGUUAGGAUAAGCAAAUUCAUGUUUGAAGGUGUGAAGCUCUGCUCCCGCUGUAAGAUACCUACAAUCGAUCAAGAAACAGGGGUGGCAGGCACUGAGCCAAAUCAAACUCUUAUGAAAACAAGGUCAGACAAGGUUUUGCGUCCAAAUAGAAAACAUCAAGGAAAGAUCUACCUUGGGCAGAACUUAGUUUGCAAGGACAAUGUUUCUCAAGGGAAGGGAAACAUGAUUAAAGUUGGAGAUCCUGUUUGUAUCCUCAAUAAGGUGUCAUCUGCUGCCGAAGCAGCAGCUUGAUUGCUUGAUGACAAACUAGGAGCAGGGUAUCUUUCUAUUCUGGACUGUAAUGUAUUGCAUAAUUAGUCAUAACAAAAGGAUUUUUAGGGUGCUAUCCGCCGAUGUACGUGGUGUGAUCUCCUUAUGUGUAGGACAGUCAAGUUUUGGUGAAUAUGAGGCUUGAAUUCAUGUGAUAUAUAAGUCCUAAUUAUUGAAACAU